AUAAAGUGUCACCCCCCCUCCCAUCCAUCCUUUAUAUACGCACGAUGGUUUCACACACUCCCAUAUGCAAAAUCACUCGUUUUCUCAAAAAAAGGGCAAAAUACAGAAAAUACCCACUUGAGAACCUCGACUGUUAGUCAUUUUUUUUGUCCUCCCGCUUGUUUCUUCAACAUUUUUUUGGGGAUAAUUUGUAUUUUUUUUUUCUUGAAAUUUGUGAUUUUUGUUUGUGUGUGUGUGGGAUUAAUUAAUGGGAAAUUGCAUGGAGAGAUGGAAGGAAGGAGGAGGGGAAAGAAGAGAAAGGGAGAGAGGGCCAUUUAAAGUUGAUGGUGGUGGUGGUGGGAUGAAGGUAAAGAUAGUUCUUACAAGACAUGAGCUGGAGAUGUUUUUGCUUCAGUACGAUGGUAAGCUGAUGAUGUCCAAUGACGUCAUCGGAGAGCUUGAGAAGAAGAUCAAACCAUCAUCAUCAAUGCGGCCAUCAUCCAUGCCAUGGAAACCUUCGCUAGAUAGCAUUGUAGAAUGUCCUGAAAUCCAAGAGAUGGAUAGAUAAUAACAUGACUGUGAUCUUAUCAGUCAACCUAACCCUUUUAGCUUUUUUUUUUCUAUCCCUUUUUCUUUUUGUUAAAGGCCAUUGGGAGAGCUAAUUCUACUUGUCUGCCUCACGAAAGCUUCCAUAAUUAAUUUUCAGUCUAAAUUAAUUUUUUUUAG